CAUGAAUCAAAACGGUCAUCCCUAAAUAUAGAAAGCUGAUGGAUUCCUCACAAGGUCUUAAGAGUCUUAAACAAAUUAAAACCACAACCACUAAAGAUGAUCCAAGAUUUAAGGAAGAGGACCAACCUUUGAGCCCUAUGGCUCGGUUGUUCCAUGAACCUGGUUCCAAUGUCUAUAUCAUAUCCAUGUUGGGGUGCAAAACCAAGAUCAGACCCGAUGUUGUCAAACAAAACUUGGUUCAUUCUUUAUUCCGCCAUCCUCGAUUUUCAAGCUUACAAGUCACUGAUAACAAAACUGGAGACAUCAAAUGGGUUCCAACAAACGUGAACAUCGACAACCAUGUUAUAGUCCCAGAAAUCGAUCCAAACAUCGAGUUUCCCGACAAGUUUGUGGAAGAUUAUAUGUCAAACCUCAGCAGAUCUUCAAUCGACAGGUCUAAACCUUUAUGGGAUCUUCACCUUCUUAACAUCAAGACAACUGAUGCUGAAGGAACGGGAGUUUUCCGUUUCCACCACUCUUUAGGCGACGGUUUGUCUUUAAUGACACUUUUUCUUGCGUGUACACGCCAAUCGUCGGAUACUGAAGCUUUGCCGACGCUUCCCGUAAGCAAAGAUACAGCUUACAUCAAAGUUACUAGUUUAUGGUCGGUUCUAGAAAUUCUUUGGAACUCGAUUGUUGCGGUGAUGAUGUUCGUGUUCACUGUGUUGUUCCUUAAAGACACUGAAACGCCACUAAAAGGAUCCGUAGGCGUCGAGAAUAGACCGAGGCGUUUUGUUCGCAAGAGCGUCAGCUUAGCGGACAUUAAGGUGGUGAAGAACGCCAUGAAUGUGACAUUGAACGACGUCGUACUUGGAGUCACUCAAGCAGGUCUAUCACGCUACUUGAAUCGUAGAUACAGCGAAAUCUAUGGUGUCAAUAAGACCGACGAUCAUGAGAAAAAAGACUUCAUUCCCAAAGACAUUCGACUUCGUGCUACAUUCUUUUUCAACCUACGAGCAACCACUAGGAUCGACACUCUGGUCGACUCAAUGAAAAGUGGAACUUUGGGUCGAUGGGGCAACCAAAUAGGUUAUGUUCUUCUCCCACUUGCAAUGGGAUUCAGAAGCAACCCAUUAGACUAUGUGAAAGAAGCCAAGGCAGUCAUCGAUCAAAAGAAAGUCUCAUUGGAACCUUUGUUCACUUAUUUCGUUGUUGAACUGGUCCUCAAGUUGUUCGGAAUUAAGGCCGUAGGAAAAUUAAACCACAGGGUUUUCUUUAAUACAACCUUAUGGUUCAGCAAUGUGCCUGGACCACAACAAGAAGUCACAUUUUAUGGGCAUGAUGCCACUUAUAUUGCUCCUAGUUGCUAUGGACAACCUAAUGCAUUGAUGAUCCAUAUAGUGAGUUAUAUCGAUAAAGUGACAUUUGUGAUAUCGGCAGACGAAGAAACAAUUCCAGACCCUCAUAGGUUGGGCGACGAUCUUGAGAAAUCCCUUCAACAAAUCAAGGCUUCUGCUAAAGCAAAAGAGAGUUAAAGAAGACAAGUAAUAAAUGGACAAGAUAAUAUAUAGAUGGUGUUUGGACACAUCAUUAGCUUGUCAUUGUUGAGAUUAUAAAAAUCGUUUUAGUAUUUUGUUUGUUAAAUCAAAGUGCUCUGUAGUGAGUACACCAUCACAUGUUAUAUAUAUUAA